ACAACCACCACAAGAAGGAUGUCUUGCUCCACGGAGUCCUACAGACCCUACGGGGUGACCUGCCCUCAGCCAAUUGCCGAGAGCUACAAUGAGCCAUGCGUGCAGCAGUGUCCCCCCUCCAGAGCUGUGAUCAUCCCCCCGCCGGCAGUGGUGACAGUCCCGGGCCCUGUGCUCAGCUCUUUUCCUCAGGAGAGCAUUGUGGGAUCCUCGGGCCCAGCCACUCUGGGGGGCUCCUUCAGCUCCCGAAGCUCCCUGGGCUAUGGGGGCCCCUUUGGUUUUGGAGGGUCCCGAGGCUUUGGGGGCUCCUUUGGCCUGGGGGGGGUCCAGGGCUACGGGGGCUCUCUGGGCUUGGGGGGCUAUGGCAGCUCCCUGGGCUAUAGGGGCUCCUUUGGCCUGGGGGGCUAUGGCGGGUCCCAGGGCUAUGGGAGCUCCUUUGGCCUGGGGGGCUACGGUGGGUCCCAGGGCUACGGGAGCUCCUUUGGCCUGGGGGGCUAUGGCGGGUCCCUGGGCUAUGGGAGCUGCCUAGGUUAUGGGGAUGACUUGAGCUACGGGGGCUCCCUGGGCUACGGGGGCCUGUAUGGCUCUAGUGGCUUUGGCAAUUUUGGCAGGUCCUACAGCUCUGGCCUCUCCUCCUCUGGCAUGGGCUAUUGCCUCCCUGGUACCAGGUGGAGAAGGUCCCGCCGCGGUAGCUGUGGGUCUUUCUAAGGCCACCGCAGCCAUGCCCAGAGCCAGCGACAGCCCUGAAGCAAGGACCCUGGCAUGGGGACAUGGAGCAAGAACCCUGGGGACCAGCAGCACCCAUCAGCUGCCGGGGCCUGGGGACUGGAUGUGGCUAUGUGCCCAAUGUCCCACUGCCCUGUGCCACAGUGUGCCCUGGCUGCUGCCUCGGCGUCCCCUGCAGCCUCCUGCCACCUCGACUGGCCCUGGGGCCCCGAGCAGGGCACCAGUACCCACGACGCAGUACCUGCAUCAAGCCUUUCCCCUUGGAUCACCUUGAGUUUCUGUAAUCGCCUGCUAUGCUUCCCUGUCACAAUAAAGUCCUGUGGUGUUGCA